CCGGCGCUCCUCACCACUCAGUCUGUGGAGCCAGGGGCACUGCAGGAAGCUCACCCCAGCGCCCGGAGGCUCCGAUUCCGGGCCCCACUGUGGGUUCGGGCGCGGCCCUCUGAUCUUGUGUGGUGGAAUAUUGAAGAAUGUUUGUUCCAAGAUCCCUGAAAAUCAAAAGGAAUGCUAAUGAUGACAGCAACAUAUGUACAUCUAAGAAAAAUAAACCCGAGGCAGAUGGUUUGCUUGAGAGUCCAGGAUGCAACGAUGCUGGUGACCCUUUACUUACAGAAAAAACUGCUGCCCAUGAUAGGCCGAGCCCUGUGCCAUGUCCAGUGGGCAAGUUGGCUGAGGCAUGUGGGGUAGAUGCUGUGCAGGGCACCCAGGACAGUCAGCUUACUGAGGAGCCUGUGAAGUCCUUUUCGAAAACCCAGCGCUGGGCUGAGCCCGGGGAGCCCGUCUGUGUGGUCUGCGGCCGUUAUGGAGAAUAUAUCUGUGACCAGACCAACGAAGAUGUGUGCAGCUUGGAGUGUAAAGCGAAACAUCUGCUCCAAGUGAAAGAGAAGCAAGACCAAUCAAAACUCACUGGUCCCCAGGAAGCUGUGUCAGAGUCAGCAGCCUCACGUGAAGCAUUUUAUGUGUACAAAGAGCAUCCCUUUAUUUCCAGCCUGCAGGAGGACCAGAUUGAAAAUCUGAAACAGCAGCUGGGAAUCACAGUGCAGGGCCAGGACAUCUGCAGGCCCAUCAUUGACUUUGAACACUGCAGCUUCCCAGAGGCCUUGAAUCACAACUUGAAGGAAUCAGGCUAUGAAGUGCCGACCCCCAUCCAAAUGCAGAUGAUUCCUGUGGGGCUGCUGGGACGGGACCUUCUGGCCAGUGCUGAUACCGGCUCAGGAAAGACAGCUGCUUUUCUGCUUCCUGUUAUCACUUGUUCUUUAUUUGAAAGCAGGACUCCUUGUGCACUCAUUCUUACACCGACGAGAGAGUUAGCCAUUCAGAUCGAGAAACAAGCCAAAGCGUUGAUGCGUGGCCUCCCGAACAUGAAAACUGUGCUACUGGUAGGGGGCUUGCCCUUACCCCCACAGCUCUAUCGCCUGCGGCAACAUGUAAAGGUCAUCAUCGCCACGCCCGGGCGGCUCUUGGACAUCAUCAAACAGAGCUCCGUGGAACUCAGCAGCAUAAGAAUUGUAGUGGUAGAUGAAGUCGACACCAUGCUAAAGAUGGGAUUUCAGCAGCAAGUACUUGACAUUUUGGAAAAUGUUCCCACGGACUCUCAGACCAUUCUAGUUUCUGCUACGAUUCCAGCCAGCAUAGAGCAGCUGGCAGGCCGGCUCCUGAAUAACCCCUUGAGAAUCAUCACCGGAGAGAAGAACCUGCCUUGUGCCAGUGUGCGGCAAAUUGUUCUGUGGGUAGAGGAGCCAGCCAAAAAGAGAAAAUUAUUUGAAAUCUUAAAUGAUAGGAAGCUCUUUAAACCUCCAGUCUUAGUAUUCGUGGACUACAAACUCGGAGCAGAUCUGCUGAGCGAAGCUGUGAAGACAAUCACUGGUCUCAGAAGCACACCCAUACACUCUGAGAAGUCACAGACACAAAGGAUGAAGAUCUUGGAGGGUCUUCUGGAAGGAGACUAUGACGUGGUGGUGAGUACCGGCAUGCUGGGAAGAGGCCUGGACUUGAUCAAUAUCAAGCUGGUGGUGAAUUUUGAUAUGCCCUCCAGCAUGGAUGAAUAUGUGCACCAGGUUGGAAGAGUGGGGAGAUUAGGUCAGAAUGGAACUGCCAUCACUUUCAUCAACAACAGCUCAAGAAGUCUCUUCUGGGACAUUACAAAAAGAGUGGCGCCCACUGGAUCCCUUCUCCCCCCACAGCUGCUGCAUUCUCCAUAUCUUCAUGACCAAAAGAGGAAGGAGCAGCAGAAAAACAAACAGAUACACAGUGAUAUGAUCACCAGGGCUAAUCUCAUAGACAUCAUUAAAAAACAUGAGAAAAGUCAUUCUCAAAAAUAAUUUCUUAGGCCACUUUCAUUUUUAUUGUAUAUUACCAGUGAAAACAUCUGUUGUUACUCUCUGGCUCGAAUAAGCAGGACAGGUACAUGAAAUAAAUGACAUAUAAUUUUUAAAAUAAUAGAAUAUCACAGUUGUAAUGGCAACAUUGUAUU